ACAGCACCUCAGACAGCAGUAUGCUGUUGUCGGCAACCUUCCGUUUUGGUGUAGAGUGGGACAGGGAGGGGGCGAUGCUACUGUAGUCGAACGGUGGGACGGACGUGCAGUUCAGUUUUUUGGGCACGCAUACGGUGCUGCAGGGAUUUUUAGGUGUACCUCUUCGGGCUCUUGGAUACCUGUUUCUCGUAAUUACAUGUGUGCGUGUUCUUUAGAUCCUCAGAUGGCUCUAGCACUUUCGUGACCACGGGCUGAGAGUCUUUGCUAGAUUUUGGCAUUUAUCAACUGACGUACGGUUUAAUGUGAAGACAACAAAAACAACAACAACUCUCUCUUCCUCAAGCGCGAGCGCACUCUGUGUGGGUUUAUUCAUCCCUCUACACAGGAUAAUCACGGCAAUCCAACCUCCCACCCAGCUAGCUGUGAGCGAUUGCCUCCUUUUUGUUCCCUCUCGGUCGUCAACAAGUUGCGUCAAUAUCUCUAGAACCUUGGUUCUGCACGACUCCCUGCCCCCGAAGAGAAUAUUAUUGAUACUCUGUGGAACGCCCGGAACUCGGGAAUCGCGCCGCACGGAACCGCUCGUCAGCUUCCUCCGCGUCGCACAGGAGCACCACGACGAUGUUCAACCAAGCAACACGCUUUGCGCUGGUGCUGGUGCUAGCCGCCUGCCCCGCAGAUUAUCAUGUGCAGGGGAUAAACUUGGCUGAGCAUGUUAUUGGUUCAGUCCGGCAAGGAGCGGUGGGCCGCGGCGACAUAGCUGCCUUCGGCGCCAUGCGGCCGUCCGCCAGUACCUGUUUGUCCCGAGAGAUGGGAGGACGAGCAACACGCAGAGGGUGUUUAGCUGUUGGGAUGAAUACCGGGGGUGAGGUGUCUACUGCUACAGUGCCAGAAUUUGAUCUGGCAGAGAAAACGGUUGAGGAGCUAUGGAUGAGGGUAAAGAAGCAGCUCAUCAGCGUGGGGAAAGGCGGGAUAAAGCCGAGUCACGUGCGAUCGCUCAACUCCCUGAUCGCCGCGCACACCUUAGUCAAGGUCAAGGUGAAUAUUCCGAAUGCCGAUCUGGAGGAGGUGGGACUCGAACUUGUCGGAAAAGGAGGCUUGAAGUCGGGGGGAGGGGACGGAGACGAAGCAUCCCGUGCCGUGGGCGUUUCCGUCGUCACGGUCAACCCGAACCAGAAGGUAAUCCUGUUCGCGAACACGGAUUUUUUGGCCUCUCAAGCGAGAGGAGAAACAUUGUAGUACCUGUGCAAGGCUUUUGUCUGGCAAGGCGGAGAGGGGAACGUCGGGUGUAGUGAACAAGGAAGGCUUGGUCAGCAGGGUGGUACACACACGCCCAACAGUGAGAGCGCCAUGGUAGGUUUGGUCAUUCCAAUAAUAUCAGCAGUAGCGUGGACAUUCAUGCUGGUGGAGUGCUUUGUCGCAGAGGUUCGAGGCGAUUGUGAGAGACUGGCGGUAGUUUGACAAUGGCCGCCAAACUGUGUCGCAAGCGAAAGACGGUGUUGAACGCGCGAAGAGGGCGGGCAUCACAGCUCUGGUUGUUGUUGAUGCCAGCACGGCGGUUGGUCGUUUCGAGAAUAUAAGUAGUUACGGUGACGUUCGUGCUUCUAGAGUACUUCGUCGUAGAAACUAGCAGCAUUUCGACUAUGCCCUCUGAGCUUUGUUGCAGAACAGUGUUGAAACCCGAAAAGAGGGAGCAUUGCAGGUUUGUUGUUAUUGAUGCCAACACGGCGAUUAGUAGCAAAUGUUUCAUGUUUUUCGCUUCCCCCCUGGGCAGAUGUUGCAUUCAUUGCUGGUAUUGAACAUUGCCACCUCGCCCAACAGUGCGGAAAAGGGGCAGUUUCGCCCUCUGGCAGCCCGUUGACGCGAAGGGACUACUGUUGGGGGACAAGGACGAUCAUCAAGCUGCGGGUACGCUUCCCAGUCUGGUGUUCAUCUUCGCAAUGCUUUCGGUGCUUGAAAUGGGAAAAAUACCAAACUCAUUCGGACGGCUGGACUUUUCCGGCGUCUUCUCAGUGCUGGCGUAUGGUUUUACCGCCAGAUGAAAUGCGCAUUUAUUUCCAAUCAGGUCGUGCCUCCGAACACGGUUCAGGGUUGGGAGCGGGU